AUGGCUGCAACGUUGCGUCCUUACCUUAACGCGGUCCGGUCGACACUAACAGCAUCGAUGUGCUUGGAAAACUUCGAUUCGCAAGUGGUAGAAAGGCAUAACAAACCCGAAGUUGAGGUCCGUAGCAGCAAGGAGUUGCUGCUAACGCCAGUGGUGAUAAGCCGAAACGAGAGAGAGAAAGUGCUCAUUGAAGGAUCCAUUAAUUCUCUGAGAAUAAGUAUUGCAGUGAAGCAAGCCGACGAGAUCGAGAAGAUCCUCUGCAAGAAAUUCAUGCGUUUUAUGAUGAUGCGAGCUGAAAACUUCUUCAUUCUUCGCAGGAAGCCCGUGGAAGGAUACGACAUCAGCUUUCUCAUCACCAAUUUCCAUACCGAGCAGAUGUUCAAACACAAGCUAGUGGAUUUUGUCAUUCAAUUUAUGGAGGAGAUAGACAAGGAAAUCAGUGAGAUGAAGCUGGCUGUUAAUGCAAGGGCACGUAUUUGCGCAGAAGAGUUCCUCAAGAAUUUCUAG